AUGGCGGAGGUCAGGCUGCGGCUCGGCUCAGGAGCCGGUAGCCUGUGGACGGCGACUCCAUAUAUUUUUUUGGCCUCCAGUAAAAAAAGGUUGGACGUUUCUGCUUUGACUGGAGCGAUCCACGUCUACGGCGUUGUAUCUCGCAGGUGGAUACACGCAUCGAGAUCAUUUCGAACCUCGAGUACAGGGGAAAUCCCGUUAUACAGAACGAAACAUGCUUAUUACGACAUUCUGCAGGUUUCUCCGAAAGCCACUCAGCCGCAGAUCAAGACUGCGUACUAUAAACAGUCCUUCAUCUACCAUCCCGAUAGAAACGCAGGCAGCGAACACGCCGCGUCACGAUUCUCGCAGAUCAGCGAGGCCUACAACGUGCUGGGGAAUAAAAGUUUACGCAAGAAAUACGACAGCGGGAUUCUCAGCGAGGCCGACGUCCGGGGUUCGAGCAGACCGACUGCGACGAAUCAGACGACGAGCCGAUCUCCGAGCGACACUACGAGAAACCAUCGCUCUCCAGAGGCCGGCGCUCGAUCGCAGAACGUCUUCGAUUUCGACACUUUCUACCGUGCGCACUACGGAGAGCAGCUGCAGCGACAGAAAUACAUCCGAGCUCGUCUGCAGGAGAUCAAGAGGCAGAAAGGAGACAAGUUUCAGGACAGGAAACUGGGACGCAUGUCAGAAGUAGCUGUAGGCAUCAUGCUAGCUGUAGCGGCGGCCAUUUUGUUCAGUAUGAAGUCCGCAAAUGGAUGAUGUAUUAAUCUGUCUCAAUCCGACACGAUUGAACCGUUUAUUUUCAAGUUUAUUCUGGACUCUGUACAGUACCAGAACAUAGAUAAAUAUUUAUUUACCAUCAGAGGACAAUAAGGACUUAAAAAUAUAUUACAAUAAGUUCAAAUGUUUAGACUGUUAAUGCCACUCCUGAGAGAGAGAGAGAGGAAAAACCGCAAGGAAUGAAACAAGGAAGAGAGAAAACAAUAAAUAAAUAAAGCAGAAGAAUUUAAAUAAUAAUAAUAAUAAUAAUAAAACUAAGAAUGCAGAGAAGAAAGAGAAGAUAUAUAUUUUUGGAAUCAGUUAGCAGAGAAAAGAGUCAUUUCUAAUUCAUCUGUGAUCAAUUAUGGGUAUUGGUAAGAUCAGUCUCAUCAGAAUCAUAAUACAAAUGAAUCCUAAUAAAUCUCAA